AUGGCGGCUGGAAGGCAGAUGCCGAGGGACACCGAGGGGGCCACAUCAUUCCGCAUCCGGAUCAACUUGCUCAGUGGAAGUCAGAUGGUUAUCCAAGUGGUGCCAGACACGUCGAUCGAAAGCUUGAGGGUGGCGGUGGAGAACGCCUUGGAAGAAAUCCAUGGUGGCGGCCGCCAAAUCAUCUUUCCGUUCGUGCGCUUUCUUCCUCCCGAUGUGAACCUGACAAGCACUGUCGUGCAGGCUGGGCUGACAGACGACGAUGUCCUGGCGGUCAUCCAAAAGCCUCGGAUCUUCUGGUCCAGUGGCAUAAAGAGGUGGCAUGUGCAGCUGAGGGCAGAUGGCGUGCUUGAGAUACCACAGCCGUGGGGCUUGCGUGCGCCCUCUGCAAUCGCCCCGCCGGCUCGGUUCCUGAUGAAAGUGAAGGACGUGGUUCUGAACAGCUCGUCUUGUGCAGCUCUGAUGGAGGAUGGAUCGGUGACGACUUGGGGGCUAACCGGCCAAGGAGGUGACAGUGAAGAAGUGCAGUACCUGCUCCACGACGUGACGAGCCUCGCAGCCAGCGACUGCGCAUUUGCGGCACUGCGCAUGGAUGGCAGCGCAGUUGCCUGGGGCGAUCCUGUCCUCGGUGGCUCCUGUGAGCAUGUUGACGAUGAGCUGGUCGAGGUGACAGGGAUCCAAGGAUGCUCUGAGGGCUUCGCUGCCUUGCGGCUUGAUGGCUCGGUGGUUACCUGGGGCCAUCCGGUCAUCGACGUCAGAAAUCCGGAGCUCCGCAACAUCAAAGCAAUCAAGGGUCUUCGACUUGAAGCAGCCUUUGCAGCCCUCCGUGCAGAUGGUGUGGUGAUCACAUGGGGUGUAUACGGCCAGUUCCUGUUGCGUGGCGUUCUUCAACUGGAGGCCACUGAGUCAGCUUUUGCGGCUGUGCUCAACAACGGAUCGGUGAGGGUAUGGGGAGACCCGGACUUCGGUGGCGAUGCAGCAGCAGUUCAACACAACUUGCAAGACGUUCUUCAGAUUGCAGCUACAUUUGCCGCUUUUGCCGCGCGAAACAAAGACGGCACGGUGACGUCAUGGGGCUUGCCGAGUGCUGGUGGAGACCAAGGCGCAGUGUGGGAUCGUUUGGUGGAUGUGGAGGAUAUCACCACCGACAGUGACAGCUUUGGGAGCUUCUUCGUGGCUACCUUGGUGAAUGGUGAGCAGAUUGGGUUCCGUGGCGAAAUGUGGUGCACCACAGUGGAACUCUGGGAGAUGUGGAACUCCAGGAAAUCUCUGGAGCCCAUGCUCCAGAAGAUGGGCUUAAAGGUCGCGGCGGACGCGAUUGAUGGGACCUCCAAGAGUGAAGAAGGCGGCCGCCAUUUCUCGGAUGCUCUCGUGUCCGUGGGCGCAGCCGGUCGAGGUGGAACCGGCUCUUUUGUGUCCUCGAACGGCCUGAUUUUGACAAAUUGGCAUGUUGCCUAUGACGCCGUCCGACAAGCUUCUCUACAAGGCAGCCACGACUAUGUGCGGGAUGGUUUCGUUUCUAAGUCGUUGGAGGGAGAAUUGCGAGGUCCCAACUACGAAGUAUGGAUUACGAAGUCCUGCAAGGAUGUGUCCCAAGAGGUCAACAAAGUGAUUGGGUCCGAGCAAGAUCCACUGAAGCGCGCCAACCGUGUUCGAGACGUCAUGCAAGAGAUUGCCCAAGCCGCGCAAGAGGACCCUUCUACGGGAGCAAGCUCUGGCGGGAAACGCUGUGACGUUCAAGAGAUGCUCCCCAAUGAGUCUUAUGUCUUGUUUACAUACGAAAGAAUCAAGGAUGUGCGGAUCGUCUACGUCCCGCCCAAGAGUUUAGGCAACUUCGGUGGUGAUACCGACAACUUUGAGUGGCCGCGACACACCGCCGACUUUACUCUGCUGAGAGCAUAUGUGGGUCCAGAUGGCCAGGCUGCCGACUAUUCAGCUGACAACGUGCCCUACCAACCCAAGUCUUUUCUGAAAGUCCAAGAGCAAGGUGCUGCGGAGGGUGACUUCGUCUUUCUGCUGGGGUUUCCAGGCCAGACCAUGCGCUACGCACCCACCUCCCGACUGCGCUACUCGGAUGAAGUUGCCGUCCCUAACAUGGUGUCGGACUUCGCGCGGAAGCUCCAGCUGAUCGCGCAGUAUGAGAAGGAUUCGGAAGAAGCGGCCCUGAAACUGGGUACCAGCAAGAAGGGCCUGGCCAAUGAGCACAAGCGCAGCCAAGGCAAGCUGGUCAUGAUGCGGAAGCUGGGUUUGAUGCGAGAACGCUCCGAAGAAGAGAGAGCUCUCUGUGACAAGGCCGGUCCCGAAACACGGGAGGCCCUUGAUCGUCUUGCCCAAAUUUACGACGAGUUCCGUGCCAUGGCCGGCGUCUCCCAAGCCUUGGAGGCCUGUCGCGGCAUCUACGGUGGCAGUGCCCUCCUGGCCGUGGGCCACUCCCUGCACGAGUACCUCAAAGUCGAGCGCCCCAAGCCCGACGGGGAGCGGGAGUCGACGUACCGGCAGCGCAACCUGCCCUUCCUCGCCCAGCGCCUCGCGAAGCGCCUGGGUGAGAUCCACCCCCCGCACGAGGUGGCGCUCAUCAAGGACGCCCUGGCCACCCUGGAAAAGACUCCCGAGCUGAAGGACGUCUUCGCCAAGGUCAGGGAGGACUUCGGAGGCGAAAGUUACCUCUCGAAGAUGGCGCCGACUGCGGCAAGCUCGAAGCUGCAACUUUUGGGGGACCCUGAGCUUCUCAAGGCCAUCUUUGCCGAAGAUGGCGACAAAGAUCGGGAGACGAGCCUCCUUCACGACCCGUUUCUGAAGUGCGGGGGCUCCCUCUGGGAGACGUACGCGGGCAACCGGGAUCGAUCCAAGGCGCUGUUCAGUGAGCGAGACGCGCUGUUUGCCAAGCUGCUCGAGCUUCAGCGCAAGCACAGCGAUGGCGAAGUCAUGUAUCCUGAUUGCAACGGAUCUCUGCGACUUUCUGCAGGCUUCGUUGAAGGCUAUGAAGCUGCCGAUGCGGUCGUGUGCAAGCCGCAAACCACACUUGCUGGCUUACAUGACAAGGCUGUGGAGGCAAAGUUGAGUAUGGACGAGGGAAGAAUGGCGGAGUUCAGCUGCCCCGAUCGUCUCUACGACAUGCUUUCGUCCCCGGACUCGAAAGCCAAGGCGGUUCCUGUCUGCUUGCUGUAUUCGACGGAUACAGUGGGUGGCAACUCAGGGAGCCCCGUGAUGAAUGCCCAGGGAGAGCUGGUGGGCAUCAACUUCGACCGGCAGCGCCAAGGCCUCAUGAAUGAGUUCAAGUGGAGUAAGGACUACUCUCGAAGUAUGGGCGUCGACGUCCGGUACAUGCUCUGGCUUGUGGGAGAGUACGACGGAGCGUCAACUCUCGUAAAGGAGAUGCUUGCAGGGUAG